AUGGUAGAAAAGUAUGAUAGGAACCACAUAUAUCGUAUGACAACGAAACUUAUGAACAGAUCAGUUCAAGCGCAUCCAUUUCAUUUAGUUGAAGCUUCGCCUUGGCCAAUUGCUGUAUCAUUUUCUCUAUUAGUAGUUACUCUAUCAGGAGUAAUGACAUUCCAAGGAUACUCUAAUGGGUUAUUCUUAUUAACUCUUGGGUUUAUUUCUCUAGUUUCUACUAUGACUUUAUGGUUUAAAGAUAUCACUAGAGAAGGUACUUUCUUAGGACAUCAUACUUUCGCAGUACAAAAAGGAUUAAGUUUAGGUUUUGUUCUGUUUGUUAUUUCUGAAGUAUUCUUUUUCAUUAGUAUUUUUUGGGCAAUUUUCCAUUCAUCUUUAGCUCCAACUGUUGAAUUAGGAGCUCAUUGGCCACCAGCUGGUAUUGAGACAUUAAAUCCUUGGGAGGUACCUUUACUAAAUACAGUACUUUUACUUUCUUCUGGUGCAACUGUAACUUAUGCUCAUCACAGCCUGAUCCAAGGUAACCGAGCAGGAGUUAUUUAUGGACUAAUUGCAACUGUAAUUUUAGCCGCAAUUUUCACAGGUUUCCAAGGAUUUGAGUACUAUAAUGCUCCAUUUACAUUUAGUGAUGGUGUUUAUGGAUCUACAUUUUAUAUGGCUACAGGAUUCCACGGAAUUCAUGUAAUUAUCGGUACAAUCUUCUUAGCUGUAGGACUAUUCCGAGCUCUAUCUUAUCAUUUAACAGAUCACCACCAUUUAGGGUUUGAACAAGCAAUUCUGUACUGGCAUUUCGUCGACGUUGUUUGGUUAUUCUUAUUCAUCAAUGUAUACUGGUGGGGAGGAUAA